GUGAGGCCUCGGCCACAUUGUCGUGUCUCUUUCUUACAAGUACAACGCACCACCACGCCCAUGUGGCCUCCUCCCCCAUCUCUCCCUGCAAACACAAAAGUCUUCUCUCUCUCUCUCCCUACUUUCUCUCCCCCCCUGCACUCAUGGGUUUCACCGCAAAUGGGUCCUCAGAGAAGCCUCUGAAAUUCCUCAUCUAUGGAAAAACUGGGUGGAUUGGUGGCCUCUUAGGCCAAAUUUGCAGAGCCCAAGGGAUUGCCUUUGAAUAUGGAAAUGGUAGACUGGAGAACAGGUCUCAAUUGGAGGCUGAUAUCGCCAUUGUCAAGCCCACCCAUGUUUUCAAUGCAGCUGGUGUUACAGGAAGACCCAACGUUGAUUGGUGCGAGACCCACAAGGUGGAAACCAUUAGGACCAAUGUGGUCGGUACUCUCACUCUAGCUGAUGUUUGUAGAGAAAGAAACUUGAUCGUGAUUAACUAUGCAACUGGUUGCAUAUUCGAGUAUGAUGAGGCUCAUCCCCUUGGUUCUGGGAUUGGAUUCAAGGAGGAAGAUACCCCAAAUUUUACUGGGUCUUUCUACUCCAAGACGAAAGCAAUGGUGGAAGAGUUGCUCAAGAAUUAUGAGAAUGUCUGCACUCUUCGUGUUCGUAUGCCAAUCUCAUCUGAUUUGUCCAACCCCCGCAACUUCAUCACCAAGAUUACCCGCUAUGAGAAGGUGGUUAACAUCCCCAAUUCCAUGACAAUCCUUGAUGAACUCUUGCCUAUUUCCAUUGAGAUGGCGAAGAAAAAUUUAACAGGCAUUUGGAACUUCACCAACCCUGGAGUGGUCAGUCAUAAUGAGAUUCUUGAGAUGUAUCGUGAUUAUAUUGACCCCUAUUUUUCUUGGAAGAAUUUCACUUUGGAGGAACAGGCCAAGGUGAUUGUUGCACAAAGGAGCAAUAAUGAGUUAGAUGCCAGCAAGUUGAAGAAGCAGUUUCCUCAGCUUCUAUCCAUCAAGGAGUCACUCAUAAAGUAUGUUUUUGGGCCAAAUCACAAGACUGCAAGCACUUGAAAUCUUUGUUUUGGCAUGGCCUAUACUCAAUUGCCGAUCUAUGUUCAGAGAUGUGGCUUAAUCAUAAUAAGACCUUAGCAAUGGAACUUCAGUUCAUGGUGGUAUUAUCUUUCUUUUUGCAGUAAAAUUUGUUUCUAGGUAUUGAUUUGUUGAUCUAUAGGAUGCGGUUAUCGAACAAAAUUCUGAUACUGGAAGUUCAUUAAAUGAAUGUCUUCUACUUCA